GCGGCAUGUGUGUGUAAACAAUUUCGUUUCAAUUCAAAAACAAAACUGUUGGGAAACAGAGACAAUCACAGUUGGAUAUUAUUGAUAAACGCACAAGACAUACACAAUGAAGCUGAAAAUUAAACCGACGUCGCACAAAUCAGACAACACGUACAGGUUUCUCACUUUCUCCGAGAGACUUGCCAACGUGAAUAUUGAUGUCAUCCAUCGGAUUGACCGAACACGGAGCUAUGACGAGGAAGUAGAGACGUACUUUUACGAAGCAUUGAACAAAUGGAGGGAUCUAAACUUAACCGAGCACUUCACCGUCUUCCUGAAGGAGGUGUCGAACAAGAGCCAGUCGUUCAACCUGCUGGUGUUCCAUCAGAAGGCCAUCGUGGACAGUCUAAAGAACCACCUCAGUGUGAAGGGCAGCAUGGCGUUUCAACCCCUGCUGGAUCUGGUGGUCCAGCUGGCUCGGGAUCUGCAGACGGACUUCUAUCCUCACUUCCCGGAAUUCUUCGUCAUCAUCACGGCCAUCUUGGAAACGCAGGACACGGAGGUGCUGGAGUGGGUCUUCACCUGCCUGUCCUACCUCUACAAGUACCUGUGGAGGCUCAUGGUCAAAGACAUGGACCAGAUCUACAGCAUGUACAGUAAGCUGCUAGCUCACAAGAAAGAGCACAUCCGCAACUUUGCAGCCGAGAGCUUCUCUUUCCUCAUGAGGAAGGUCCCUGAUUUCGAUGCGUUGUUCACGCUCAUGUUUGUGGACCUUGGCGAGCAAUCCCAUAAGGCCGCUGGGGUGGGCCAGCUCAUCUUUGCCAUGUGCAGGGGGGUGCGCAGCAUGUUCCACUCCUGCGCUGCUGUGGCUCUCCCUGCAGCUCUGCGGAAGCUCGGUCCCUCCGUAGAGGAAGGGGGCGUGGCUCUGCCCUGGGACGCUGUGAAGGAGGCCCUGGAUCACAUGGCCGAGGCGGCAGCCAAUCACGUGGAGAAAGAGCACUUCCUGGUGCUCUGGGACGCUCUGGAGGGCUGUGUGAAGGAGGUGGUUCCGCGGCUGCAGGGUUCUGGUGGUGACGAGGCCAGUCAGCAGCUGGAGCGACUGCUCUUCCUCUACCACACCCUCGUGCAGCACCGCAAAGGGGCCAAGAUCACCCAGCCAGCCGCCGUGUGCGAGACUCUUCUCCUGCUGGUCCAGACCAGUGGUCAGUCGUACGUGUGCAGCCAGAGGACUCUGCAGGUGCUGGCCUGCCUGCUACUGGGGGAGUGUGUGCCGGCCCUCACACCACAGCUCAUACAGGACGCCGUCAGAAAGGUGUUCCGCAGUGGGGUGGACCGUGACCUCAUCUUGACCUUCUCCAGAGAGCUCUUCAAGAUGAAACAGUUUGAGCAGCUGGUGUUGCCAGGGCUGCUGCAGUACCUGGAGGUCCAGUUUGGUUCCGGUGACGCGGUUGCUAGGCUACAGGCCCAGGAGCUGCUGGUGCGCCUCAUCCUGGAGAAGGCUCCGCCCCCCUCCGACGGAUCCAUGGCCUUCGAGAAGUACCCGCUGGUCUUCACCGGACAGACGCAGGGUGGCCCUGCGGGGGCAGAAGGGGCAGAAGGGAAGGUGAACGUGCCCCAGUACGUCCUGUCCCUGGUGGAUCUGCCCCCAGACCUGCCCCUCACUGACCUCUCUCUGCCCUGGGCCGCCCUCGUGCUCCUGCACCACAUACGGCCGGUAGAACCGGAGUCUGUGGUCCCGAUCCUGACCACCCUUCUGAACCGCCUCCUGACCGACGUGCAGAACGGGGCACUGGGGAGAGCUGGUCUGUUUGUGGCGCGUCAGGCUCUGAGCACUCUGCUCAGCUUCAGGGACUCUGCUGAAGUCCUCUCUCUGCUCCCUGUGGAGUUAGUCACCAGCAUUAUAAAGAAGUACUCCGCAGAUCUCUCUGCCUUGUUGCUCGGCGACCUCUACUACACCAGACUGUCACUCAACGGCUGCUCUGCCCACCUCUCCCAUGAUGCACUGCUGGAGUUGUACCAGAUCCUCAAGUCCAAUUUCUCCUCCAACGUCUCCAAGAUCCGUCUCCUGUCUCUGAGGAUCCUGAGCCACUUCGAGGCCGAGUUUCCGAAGCCUGCUGAGGCUGAGGAGUCGAGGGAGAGGCAGUCGGUGUUUGCCAUCUGCCUGCAGGCGGAGCAGGUCCCGGCCACAGUGCAGGACUACAGGGAGAAGCUGCUCCACCUCAGGAAGCUACGCCACGACCUCGUGCAGCCAUGCCUGCCCAGCGGACCAUUCCACCAGGUGCCUCUGCGCUACCUGAUCGCCAUGCUGUUUGUGAACUUCAGACCUCUAUGGGACGCCGUCAUUGAGCUGCUUGUGUCUCAUGCCCAGGGGAUGGACAAUAAGGAGUUCUGGAGGGUGUUCCAUGAGCACCUGGACAUGGUAGCCCAGCUGGCAGAGGACGAACUCCAUGAGGAUGAGGAAGAGGAUGCUGAAGGUGCUGUAGAUGGAGAUGAAGGUGAUGAAGGAGACGAUGCUGAUGCUGAUGCUGAGGAGGAGGAGGAGGAAGAGGAGGAGGCGGAAGAAGGCAUGGAGGUGGGGGACGACAAGGAAGGGCCAGAAGAGGAGGAGGAGGAAGAGGAGGAAGAGGAAGAGUCGGAUGCUGGGCGAGACGUGUCGGCGAGCGGCGACGUGGGCGUUCUCUUCCUGGAGCAGCUGGACGAUGCGGAGGAGGGGACCGACGAGCGCACGGACUUCACCAACUUCCGGAACCUUCUGUGGCGCGCCAUGAGCUUGUUCCCCGACCGUGUAGAACCCAGGAGCAGAGAACUCACCCCCUUACUGCUGCGCUUCAUCAGGGAGGAGUUCUUCCCCUCUGACCUGCUGGUGGCUCCGACGCAGAACCUCCUGAAGGCAGUAGAGGGCGCCACUAAGGACGAGGAGGGGAAGGAGGAAGAGGAGGAGGAGGAGGAGGGCCCCAAGGGCAGGAGGAAGGGACCCCGACGCGCCGCCGCCAAGCAGCUGAUAGCCCAUCUGAAGGUGUUCUCCAAGUUCACCAAUCCACGUGCUCUUUACCUGGAGCCCAAGCUCAGAGAACUCUACGCAAAGCUCCUGUGCCAUAAGGACCAGAACAUCCAGAAGAUGGCCUUGGAGUGUGUGCUCACCUAUAAAGACCCCGCCAUCCUGCCAUACAAGGAGAAUCUGGAGAGGCUGCUGGAUGAUAAACACUUUAAGGAUGAGAUCGUCCACUUCAACAUCUCUGAGGAGGGAACAGUGGUCCAAGAUGACCACAGACCACAGCUCAUACCACUGCUUAUGAGGAUCCUGUAUGGUCGUAUGUCCACUAAGGGGGGCAGUAAGUUCCAGGGCAAGGCGGUCACUGCGUCGCGCUCGGCCAUCGUGCUGCGCUUCCUGGCCGGGUGCCAACCGCACGAGCUCGGGGUCUUCAUAGACAUGCUGCUGGAGCCUGUGGCUCACUACAGCCAAGGAGGGUGUGCGGAGGCGGUGGAGUGUGUGCUGCAGGGGUGUGACCCGGGAGCGGUUCUGCCGGUGGGUCGUCAGCACAGCGUGCUGAAUGUGGUGGCGGUUCUGCUGGACAAGCUGGGGCACCUGCUGGACACUCACCUGCCCAAGCUGCUCCAGAUCCUGCUGUGCAUGACCGCCUCCGUCUCACGCGUGCUGGACCACAGGGAACAGCUGAAGCCAGGCUGCAUUGCCCCUCUGAAGAACCUGAGGCGUCUGGGGCUGCUGCGGGUGCAAGACUUCUUCAGCAGCUUCGACUCCUUCAACUUCACCGCAGACCAGAUCGAUGCCAUCUUCAACGCUGUCGUCUGGCCUCAGGUGUGUCGCCUGCCUUCAGAGAGCCCCUAUGCCCCCACGCCUCUGCUCAAACUCAUCCACAUCUGGAGCAAGAACGCCAGGUUCUUCCCUCUGUUGGCCAAGCAGAGGCCUGGACACCCGGAGUGUGGCGUGCUCCUCAAUGUGUUCGCUCUGCUGUCCGUCAAAAACGUUUCCCUGGCAACCACCGCCAUGGUAAUGGACAUCGCCGAGAGCCUGCUCACCACCGAGGACUUUGUCGCCAUGGAGACGGAGAAUGAGGCGGAGAAGGAGGAGGAGCUAUGUGUGAAUGACUGCGUGGUCCCGGAGCUGGGAGGGGCUUCUGACGGCUCAGAAGACUCUGUGAGUUUGGGUUCUAAGCUCCUCUACCCUCAUGUUCCUGCGGUUCUUCAGUACCUGAGUAAGAUGGUCCGGAACUCCGACCACCUCCGCAAGAAGAAGUUCCGUUCUCAAGUUGGCAAGGAACUCAACAUUCUCUCCAAGAUCAGCCGAUUUGUUAGGGAUAAGGAGCAGAGUGCCACCCUCAUCACCUUGUUGCUGCCUUACCUGACCAAACCAAAGACUGCCCAGGAGACGGAACUGGAUAUCCUGGAGACGGUGCAGAACCUUCUGAAGCAGUGUUCUAACCCCGCAGAGUUCCUCAAGCCCAUGAGCCGCCUGCUCUCCACUCUACAGAGCAAAAUCUCACGCCAGGCCCUGUGUGCUGUGUUCCAGACACUGGCAGAGCUGGAUGGGGAACUCAAAUACAUCACAGACAUGGCUGUGCAGUUGAAUGCGUUUGAUAGUCGUCACCUGGAUGAGGUGUACUUUGACGUGCGUCUGACAGCGUUCCAGGAGGCCACCGGGCGUGUGAAGGACAUGACCGCCGAGCUGGACAUGAGAUACCUGCACACACUCAUGCACAACUGCUUCCACUCCUUUGAGAUAGGGGACAUGUCUCUGGCGGACACGGCCAUCUUGUGUCUGUCGACGGUCAUCGAGCAGCUGGCCGCGUUGGGCACUCCGGAGAAGGAGUUCAGAGAGAUCGUCCAGCACAACAUCAUGGACGCCAUACGCAAGGGGCUCAGGAGCAAGAUGGAGAGCGUGAGGAACGACUACACGACGGUGCUGGCCUGCCUGGUGAAGACGUUUCCUGAGCGUCCAGAGUUCCGGGACCUCGUCCAGCUCACCAACUACAGUGACCCGGAGUCAGACUUCUUUGAGCACAUGAAGCACAUUCAGGUCCACAGGAGGGGGCGUGCCCUCAGACGGAUCGCCAAACAGCUGACGGAGGGCAGCGUGGUGAUGUCAUCGCGCUCCAUGCAGAACUACAUCAUGCCCUACGCCAUGACCGCCCUGUUCGACGAGAAGAUGAAGAGGAAUGACAACAUGAGCUCGGCAGGUGUGGAGGUGGUGGGGGCGGUGUGUGGGCGUCUCACCUGGUCUAAGUACCUGUACUACCUCAAACACUUCGUCCACGUGCUGCAGAUGGGGUUGGCCGAACAGAAGCUGGCAGUGAAUCUGCUGCUGACGGUUCUAGAUGCGUUCCACUUCGACCGUGAGACCCUCAGCAAAGAGAUCGAAGCCGCCAAACUCAGGAAGGAGGCCGCUGCCACGGAGAUAGAGGAUGACGAAGAGGAGGCUGAGGAAGGAGACUCGGAGGACAGCGAUGCUGAGGACGCCGUGGAAACCGUCUCCGCAGAGGGGGAUGCUGUCGCCAUGGAGACGGAGGACACAGCCACUACACCUGACGUCCAGGAGAAGGAGGCGGGGUCUAAGAAGAAGGCCACGCCCACAGUGUGCACGGGCCUACCGCAGAGCGUCCAGGACCUGGAGAAGCUGAUUGACACCGUCCAUCACUCCGUAACCCAGAGCAUCCUGCCCCGCCUACACAAGUGCCUCACCGCCAAGGUCCAGAGAGAUGACGAGCACAAGACGGUCCAGUCUAAGGAGGUGAAGGAGGAGGAGGUGGCCAGAGUGCCCAUUGCCUUCGCCAUGGUCCGACUCAUGCUGUCCCUCCCUCAGGACGUGAUGGAGGCCAACCUGCCCGGGGUGCUGCUGAAGGUGUGUGUGCACCUGAGGAGUCGUUUCCAGGAGAUCCGAGACGUGGCGCGGAGCACACUCAUCAAGAUCAUCCAGACGCUCGGCUCACGCUACCUGCUCUACCUGCUCAAGGAGAUGCAAGGCGUCCUCAUGAAGGGGUACCAGGUGCACGUGUUGACCUUCACGGUGUUCCACCUGCUGUCUGCUGUGAAGCCCACGCUGAAGGGAGGAGACCUGGACCCCUGCCUGGACCUGCUGGUGCAGAUGUUCAAUAACGAGCUGUUUGGGCCGGUUGCCGAGGAGAAGGAGGUGAAGGGCAUCGGCUCCAAGCUGAUGGAGGCGCGUCACAGCAAGAGCGCCGACUCCUACGAGCUCCUCGGACAGUUCUGCAGCCAGGACAAGGUCACGCAGGUCAUCCUGCCGCUUAAAGAGAUCCUGGAGACCACGAUGAGUCUGCGGGUGUCCCGGAGGGUCCACAUGGUGCUGAGGAGAGUGGUUGCCGGGUUACUGCAGAAUGAUGUCAUGACCCCUCAGGCCGUCCUGAUGCUGAGUCACGGACUGGUCAACGAGAGUCUGCCCCUCAUCACGCAGAAGAACAAACGGAAGCCCCUCCCACCCCCGGACCCCCGCCUGGCCCCGCCCAGCUGCCUGCUGAUGCCCGCGACGCCCAAGAGAGGCUUCCAGAAGGCCGCCGUCAGCAGCAAGACCAACACACACAUCCUGGUGGAGACAGGGCUCAGUCUGCUGCACCUCAGCAUGAAGAGCUCCAAGGUGAACUCGUCUGUGUCGGACGUCAGGGAGAUGCUGGAUCCCUUUGUAGCACUGCUGCUGGACUGCCUCGGCUCCAAACACGUCAAGGUGAUCACGGAGGCGCUGCAGGCAUUUAUCUGGGUGCUGAAGUUCCCGUUGCCAGCGGUGGAGGAAGGGGCGGAGCUACUGACACGACAGCUCUUCCUGCUGCUCAAGGACUACGCCAGCGCAGGUGCCGCCGGGGGAGAGAACGCACACCUGGUGCAGAACUGCUUUAAGGCCAUCACUAUCCUAGUGAAGAGCGUCACCAAGCACAAGAUCACUGACACGCAGCUGCAAGUGCUGCUGGGAUACGCAGAGGAGGACAUCUAUGAUCACACACGACAGGCCACAGCGUUCGGCCUGCUGAAGGCCAUCUUGUCCAGGAGGCUGGUGGUGCCGGAGAUGGAGGACGUGAUGAAGAAGGUGGCCAAGCUGGCCGUCACCGGGGCGAGCGACCAGGUCCGAGUGCCCUGCAGACAGAUUUACCUGAAGUACCUCAUGGACUAUCCUUUGGGGAAGAAACUCCAGAAGCACUUAGACUUCGUCGUCGCUCAGCUCAGCUAUGAGUACGACACGGGCAGACAGUCCGCCCUGGAGAUGAUGGCUUACAUAUUCCAGAGCUUCCCACAGAACCUGCUGCUGGAGCACUGUGGCCUGUUCUUCGUGCCGUUGUCACUGGCGGUGGUAAACGACGACUCGGCGCGCUGCAAGAAGAUGACCGCUCUGGCCAUUAAGUCCCUCCUCAGCCAGCUGGACCCAGAGCACCAGAACAACAUGUUCAGCCUGGUCAACACCUGGAUGACCGGAGACAAGAUGUCUCUGAGGCGUCUGGGCGUGCAGGUGUGUGGUCUGUUUGUGGAGGUUGAGGGAGAGCGUUUCACCAAGAGGAUGGAAGUCCUGCUGCCCCUUAUUGAGAAGGACAUCCACACAGACAACUACGAAGACAUUGAAGAGGAGCAGGACGAGAAGGCUGCUGACCGGCUGCUGUUCUGCCAUCUCACCCUCAUCACCAAACUCAUCAAAGACUGCGGAUUCUUACAGCUCACCAAGCCCAUGGAUACACUCACCAGCAUCUGGGCUCAUGUGAACGCCCACCUGCGGCACCCUCACUCGUGGGUGUGGCUGACGGCGGCGCAGCUGUUUGGUCAGCUGUUUGCUGCCCACCAGCCAGAGCAGCUGCUGGAGCUGUGGGGGGACGACAGCACCGACACCAGCACCGGUACCGGCCCAGGCCCGGCUACACCUGUAGCCACCACACACCUCUACAGCAACCUGGACAAGAAGAUGAGGGAGCUGGUCUUGUCCUUCUGCCACCAGCUGCAGUCCAAGUUCCUGGAGCCGACCGCUGGUGACCAGGUGGUGAAGAACCUGCUCUUUGUUGCCAAGGUGAUAUACCUGAUCUCACCUGAGUCUGAAGUCACGGAAACCGACAAGACUGGUGAGAAUGGAGUGACACAGAUGGAGGAAGGAGAAAAAGAGGAAGACAUGAAGGAAGAGAAGGAGGAGAAGGCAGAGGAGGAAGAGAAGAGAGAGGAGGAGAAGGCAGCGGAGGAAGAGGAGGGAGAACAAGAGGAGGAGGAAGAGCAGGAUGAUGAUGAUGAUGAUGAUCGGCCUCCUUCGUUACUGUGGGUGAUGAAGAAGCUGUGUGUGUUGGCCAAGAGAGAGGCAGCGUACACACCCAAGGUUCCUCUCAAGAGGACGUGUGUGUUUAAGUUCCUGGGCGCCGUGGCGGUGGACUUGGGGAAGGAUCGCCUCGGCCCGUACCUGACCACCAUCAUCGCCCCGCUGCACAGGGAACUGGACAGCACCUACGCAGACCAGGACCCGACGCUGAAGAACCUGGCGCAGGAGCUGAUGGAGCUGCUGAAGAGGCUGGUGGGGCUGCAGCGCUUCUCCCUCGCCUUCGCCGCAGUUCAGAAGGAGGCCAGCAGGAGGAGAGCGGCGCGCAAGAGGCACCGCGCCAUGCAGGCCGUGGCGAACCCCGACAUCGCUGCCCGGAGGAAGAUCAAGAAGCACACCAAGAUGGAGGCCAAGAAGAGGAAGAUGGAGUUCUCCAGGAAGCCCACCAAGGCCAAGAAGCUCAAGCUGAAGGGGAAGUCUGUGAGGGAUCUAGCCAUUUUACAGUGACCCCCCCCCCCCCCUCUACAGUGCCACCUACUGCCUGGAGGACUACAUUACACCGCUCAGACUCUUUUUAACGGCAGUGAUGAUGGAUCAGCUUCAGUGUGGUGGUCACUCUCUGAGUCCAGAUUGGUUAUGUGUGGCUAGCGAUCCCUACGGACACUGGAACAGGAUGACUGAGCGGAGGUCUUCAGUGAGGAGGCCAUCACCAGCUUUUGUGUUGUUGUCAUAAGAGGGCCUCUGGCGAUCAGCUAGCAACAAUGUGCUGUGUAUAGGCAACGACAUCAUGCCGAUUUCCCUGUUCGGGGAUGUGUGUUUGUGUAAGGUGAGACGUUAACAGUGUCAUCAUCUGUAUGGAAAUGCUAAAUGUUUGUCCCUUGUCCAUUAAUUACUUCCUGUGUGAGAAGGCUACAAUGCCUUCUGACCAAUUUCAAAUCUCUGCUCACCAAAUAGACUGAGAUGGUCUCCAUGGGGACAAGCAAAAUGAAUGCUUGUCAUUUUUUUUAAAAGGCUAUAAGAUGCCUUGAGGCAGUGGAUGAUCUUUGCUGUACUGUCAUUACUAGGAUAACGUGUGUGUGUGUGUGUGAACGUCGGGGAUUGUUGGUGGGUGUGUGUGCCAUUUUUAUUUUUUAACUAACAUACAAAAAAACGAUAACCUGA